AUGUCGUGGCCCCCCGCGCCUCUGGCUGGCCCGGCGAGCGUGGCCCCACAGGCCGUCUUCCAGAACCACGACUGCGUCGGGCUCGCGUCGCCCAUCCUCGACUGGGACCGGCUGCGCGAGGGACUCCGCACGGACUGCGGCCACACGCGCCAGACGCGGACGCUGAGAUGCGCCGCGCGGAUCAGCGGCUGGGAGGCGCACGUCGUGCCCUUCCUGCGGUUGCACCAGCCCGAUGGUGGCGGUCUCGGCGCCGAGAGGGCGGAGUCCACGGCGCCCUCGUUCGAGGCCUUCGACCGCGUGGAGCCGGCGGCGAGGGCCGAGUGCCCCCUCGGAGUGACCACCCUCAACAUUGCCAGGACCCUGCUGUGCGCCCGCUCGAGAGACCUGGACUGUUACCUGCUUCACACGCGGAAGGUGUCCGCGGAUCUCUACAACACACCGCUCACGGUGAUGAUGGGCACGGAUUGGCCCAUGUUCGCGUUGCUCAACUCGUACAGUUGGGUGUGGCCAGGGGCUCCGCCUGGCCAAGACUACGACUGCAUCCGCAGCAAUCGUUCCACGAUCAAUUGGCCAGCGUUGCUGAAUAUUUUCGCGGAGGACCCUAUGAGUGCCUACGGCACUGUGUCGGACGUAUUUGAUACCAAUUUGGCUUUCCACCUCAACGUUGGCAGCCGCGAGUGCCUUUACGGGGUCUACAUCAUGAACAUCGUGAAGACAAUGUGGGCAGCCGACACGGAGUCCUCGUCCUACCAGACGUACUCUCCCUAUAUGGGCUACGUCCUCUACGAGAGCCUGCACCUGCUCGGGGCGGCCCGCUGGCCCCUCUUUGCGCUGAUCCACCACUUCACUUCGAUCCGGCGGCACGGGUUCCGCAUCGACUUCUCGGGUGAGCACCUGGAGCUGGUCGGCUUCGCGGGGGCGAACCGCGGCGGGCCCGGGCGCCUGGCCGGCGCGGCGCGCGCGUUUCGGGCAGCGUUGGGCAGGGCCAGGCACGGUCUGCGGCUCGUCUACGUCACGAUGGUGUACGGCCACAUGAGCCGACUGCGCACCAUUGGCGUCGGAAAUCUCGUCAUGGCUACACUAGAUGGGGAGGCAUUUUCUCGGUGUGCCGAGUUCUUCUAUCGAGAUCAGUGCGUCAAUGGAUCAGUCUCCGUGCUGAACAAGUACACGUUCUUGCUUGUUGCGUUGCAGUUGGGCAUCGAUGUGAUGUGGUUGGAUUUCGAUAUAUUUAUCGUUCGUGACCCUGGACCCGCGCUUGCGAUGGCUACUGAAGGUUAUGAUUUGUUGAUGGGGUACGAUUACACAUCAGAUUGUCUGUGCAAUGGGUUCUUCUAUUUGCGCGCACGCCCCGUUGUUCACACUUGGCUGCACGAAAUGGUAAGAUGGCUGUACGAUCACCCGUAUGAGCACGACCAGCGAGCAAUUGCAGCUUUUUUGAAUUAUACGGAGCGUAUAUCGGCUGCCCCUGAGGAUUUCCCAGACGUUCCCCGGUGGCACGUGCUCGACGUAGAUAACUCCUUUAUCAAUUUUGGGUCCUGGGAGGGCCACUACGAGGACCUUGUCCUUGUGCAUUUUGUCGAUGGCAGCGCGUUCAGCCUUUACGGCCGGCCCACUUGGGACCCGUCCAUCCCGAGAUCGAAGCUCGAGUGGGUCAAGGAUCGCCACGACGGGCCUGGCGUCGCCAGCGACGAGCCGCUGUCCCCGCUGCAGGCCUUCUACGCCUCCGCCGCAGUCGCGGCCGGGCCCGAGGAGAUCUGGCGGGCGGGGCCGGAGCUCCGCGGGCUGCUGGACGCGCAGGUGCGGCCGCGGCCGGCCUCGAGGCAGCGCUGCGGGAUCAUGCCGGACAUCUCUGGAGGCCCUGGCGUUGCCGGUUGCCACCGCGAUGGUUUGCGCUUCACGUGGGCUUGCCGCGUGCUGGUGCCGGUUGGCACCGUCAAGCGGACGAAGAAAGAAUAUGACAUGUACUUGAAAGAGGAGGUUGCUCAACGUGCCAAAAUCGACACGAUGAAGGCGGAGGGCGCAGACGACGCCGACGUGAAAAAGCAGAUAGAGGCCCUGUUGGGACGUCGCCACCCAGGACACGCGCCAGCGCCUCCAGAAGUACCGCGAGGAGCUGCAGGCCUUCAUCGCCGAGCACUACCCGGACGUGGUCGACGAGGAGUCCGCGGACGCCACGAAGAUGCAGGUCCUCGAGAGCCGGAAGCUGGUCGCGGAGGUGGCGAGCUCGUUAGGGGUAUGGGGGGCGGCCCAGAGGACGCGGGCGGUGCGGCCGGCGGCGACGCCAGCGGCACGGGCGGCACGGGCGACGAGUUCUGA